ACUUUACACUCGUUUUGCCUAUUUUUUAACUUCUCCCCAUGAACUUCUAGGUCAAGUAAUGAUGUUUUUUGCUAUAUGUUGUUUCGCAAUCACAGAAAACAAGCAAACAAUCAAGUCAUGAUUAUGUGGUGGUGCCUUAUCAUCGAUUAUCUUGCGAUUGAUAGUAAAAUAGUAAAAGGUGACAGCAAAUGUAAUUACCGAUAAGGAUCAAUUAAAGUUUUACUACUUUACGAUUCCAUGGAAUUGUUGAUCAAUGCAGUGUAUGUAGAUAAACUACAUUUCAAUGUAGUUAGUAGCGCCAUUGCAAGUAGUUAAAACUUAAUUUCUUUUGCUAAUCCUAAGUCGGUCAGUGAGUGAUAAGACAUUGGCUAAUAUGACAAUAAUUGACAAUUUUCUAUAAAAUCAAGACGAUACAAACUGUAAUGGGCAGUAUCUAACUUUAGUUCAUCAUUGGCGUUACCAUCACCUAUAUCUAACUGCAAGUGAAAAUGUUGGCUCUUACCUUGCUUGUCUUGGCUUUGGCCUCACAGGGUGUUUUCUCUGUGCCCAUGUCCUUGGAUCAUGAGGCUCAAAAGGAAAUGGCCAAUGCUAUUGAGAGGACUAGUCAAUCCAUGAGAGAUAAUCCUGAACGUUCUGCCGAAUGUUUUGCUGUCUAUUCGCAAGGAAUUACUGCGGCCAAUGAGAAAUACGAGCUGGCCUAUAGUAAAUGUGUCGACACUGCUGCCGAGGAACUCCAAAGAGUUGAAGCUGAAGUGGCUGAAGAUCGUAACAGUGUUCGCAGUGCUGGUGAGGCUGUUUGCUCCUCAUUCCAGGUGUGCUCAAACAAGGAAUCAUCUGCAGACUUUUUUGAGUGCUACCUUGAAGCGGCUAGUGCUUCUUUGACAAGCUCCCUGGACAUGCAGACUGUUUCCAAGACCAAGAUGCAGUAUGUCAAUUUAAGAUAUCAGACCAUUGAGUAUAAUAAAGUACAUUGCUCCGAUGAGUGUUCGAACACCUAUAUGAAGGAAACAACCACACUAUUCAAUCAAUUGGAUGAAUGUUUGAAAACUGGUGUACCCGUGCCACCAGUGGUUCCCACCGAACCCAGUCCUCCCACCGAGACCACAGGAGAACUAAUGUAAAUGGAUCUAAGGGGAUCUAAAGCGAAGCAGCCGCAAACUUCCAAAAAAACAUCUUUGGGUUUUUAGUGUUUCAAAAUUCAAAAAUCCUUUUUGCAACAAAUAGAAUAAAAUGCAUUCAAAAUAUAAUAUGAAAUAAAUAAAGAAUCCAUCGAAAUGGAUGGAUAGACACUAUUAAAAUUUUUGGAUCCACCCAUUUUUAGAUUCGGCGAUCUGGAUGGUUCAACGGUAGGAACUAGAAGGCAUCUUCCUUCUUCUGUUCCUGUGGUAUCACAAUGGACGAAAAGAUCUAAUUGAUUCUGAUGGCUGCCACUUAAAGCUAACAUAACCAUCACCAAGUGAUUAACGUGCCAACAACCAUUUAGCCAUGCGUUAAAUAUACCAUUGGUUUGUUCGUUCUUGACGUUGCUAUAAGGCGUUGGAAGUCUCUCUGUACACCCGAAUUGGCUAACAACCUACUAAGAGAAUUGUAGAAAAAGAGAGAGUUAUCUUUGAAACCUAUGUACGAUUCCGUUGAGUGAACAAGAUCAAAGAGAUAUUUCGUUGGUCUUUCCCCCAGGAAGGAAGAACUUCGAGGCAAGUUGAAAGGAAACUUUAAAAGUGACUUCUCCUUGAUUCAGAUAUUGGGAAAAUCGCAUAGGACUGGAGCAGAAAAUGGAAUCAAGCCAACUCAUUCGAAUGUACACAUUCUGCCCAUCUUGCAAAAACUCAAAAACUCAGAGUGUGGCAACAUACAAGUAAUGAAAUAAAUUCGGUAGUAAAAGUAUGAUCAGA